ACCCUUCCUAUAUAGCCAGUGACGCGCGCUUCCAAAAAUAAACAGAAACAAACCGCACACAGGAAGCAGAGAAAACCAUCAAAUUUCCCCAUAUCAGACCUUACAUUCCAACCACUCCUUGUAUCUAAUUUCUCAAAUUCGAAUUGUUGAUACUCGAGCAAUUCUAGCCGUUCAAUUUCCGGAUCAGUUGUCAUGGAGUCGCUGACCGACCGCCGCUGCAAUCGAAACGCUGGUCCCAAAUGGCGGUGCUCCGAAUUAGCAUUGCCGGGAAAGUUGCGUUGCGAGAGGCACUUAUUGCCGUCAAAUAAGAAGAAAAUAGAAAGCCAGUUAUCUGGCGCAGAAGAGAAGGUCAUAGCCCGCCGGGCAAGGGCAAUUGAGAUCGGUGUAUCUAGGGAAAAAAAUAAGGGGGAGAAGGAUGUCACCGAUGAUGAGAAGGUGACUGAUGAAUGGGACGAGUCGGAGUUGAAGAGUGCUGAGGUUCGAGAGGAGAUGAAGCUUGAUUCUGCUCGUAAGAGGGCGAAUCGAGAUGUGAAAAGAAAAGUGAAACGUGUCAAAAGUACAGUGGAUUCUGUUGAAGGACAAAGUAAGCUUCAGGUAAGGCUGGGUAACGUGAAUAAAAACAAGAGGCAUGGCAUGUGUCAUCAGUGUCAGCGGAAUGAUAAGAGUGGUGUUGUCCACUGCACCCUUUGCCAGCAGAAGCGCUAUUGCUAUGAAUGUAUUGGAAAUUGGUAUCCCGAGAAAACAAGAGAGGAGAUUGAGAAUGCAUGUCCAUUUUGUUGUGGCAAUUGCAAUUGCAAAGCUUGCUUGCGGGAUUUUGUGGAGCCUUCCCGUGAAAAAAUAGACAACGUUGUCAAAUUACAGUGGCUACGGUAUUUACUGCACAAAGCUUUACCUGUUGUAAGGCAUAUUCAUAAGGAGCAGAGCACUGAACUUGAGGUUGAAGCCAAAAUACGAGGUCAGUCAGGUGAUUCAUUGACAGACAAAAACAUUACUAGAUCUAAACUGGAUAGAGAGGAACGCUUAUACUGUGAUAACUGCAAGACGUCGAUAGUUAACUUCUACAGAAGCUGCCCCAAUCCAGAUUGUUCUUAUGAUCUGUGUCUUACUUGUUGUCGAGAGCUAAGAGAAGGCUGCCAACCUGGAGGUAAUGCAGGACAGACAUCCCAUCAACAUUUUGUAGAGCGAGCACAUGGCCAAGUUACUGACAGGGAGGGAAGUGCCAAGUCAGAGAGGAAGAGACAUGGCUGGGAGAGCCAAGAAGCUGCCUCCUCUAAUGACCCUAGAGCUAGUAGGUCCGUUCACUUUCCUGAUUGGAAGGCAAAUUUUGAUGGUAGCAUUCCUUGUCCUCCAGAAGGGCGUGGAGGUUGCGGUAUUGCCAUACUGGAGUUGAGACGCAUUUUCAAAGCUGAUUGGGUAACAAAGCUGUUGACUAAGUCAGAGCAGAUCACUAAACAAUAUAUGCCGCCAGAUAUGAAUUUUUCUCAAGGAUGUUCCUCUUGCCUGCCAACUGGUUUUGAAGAGAGAAGGAAUACACUGUCUGAAGUUAGGCAGGCAGCUUACAGGGAAGACAAUCAGGAUAACUUCUUAUUUUGCCCAAAUGCUGUUGACAUGAAAGACCAUGAAAUUGAGCAUUUUCAGAAGCACUGGAUGAGGGGUGAACCUGUAAUUGUGAGAAAUGUGCUUGACAAGACAUCAGGUCUUAGUUGGGAACCUAUGGUCAUGUGGAGGGCUUUUAGAGAAACAGGUGCAAAUGUAAAGUUCAAAGAGGAGACAAAAAGUGUCAUGGCCAUUGAUUGCUUGGAUUGGCGUCAGGUUGAGAUCAACAUUCAUCAAUUCUUCAAAGGCUAUUUAGAGGGACGUAUGCACAAAGGUGGAUGCCCAGAGAUGUUGAAACUGAAAGAUUGGCCCUCAUCAACUUCAUUUGAGGAGCGUUUACCCAGACACGGGGCUGAAUUUAUUGCAGCACUUCCAUUCAGUGACUAUACUGACCCAAAAUUAGGUUUCCUGAACCUUGCUACAAGGCUUCCUGAGAAUUUAUGGAAACCAGACUUGGGACCAAAAACAUAUAUUGCAUAUGGAUUUUCUGAAGAGCUUGGCAGAGGUGAUUCAGUGACAAAGCUGCAUUGUGAUGUGUCUGAUGCGGUAAAUGUACUGACACACACGACUAAGGUGAAGGUUGCUCCCUGGCAACACAAAAAGAUAAGAGAACUUCAAAAAGAAUAUGCAGCUAAAGACUUGUCUGAACUUUAUGGUGCAAUGGAUGAGUCUGUGGGUGGAAAAACAAAACAAUCACUGAUGAGUGUGACUAAAAGUGAUAUCACUGUAGCUGAAUGCAUGAAACGUGAGUCUUUUGUGGAGAAUGACAAUCUGUUGCUAGAAGAGCCAGAAGCAAAUGUGGAGAAACUAAAUAUGGAAGAAUCAAGUAGGACGUUGCCAUUUCCUCAACCUCUAGAUCUUGAUGCUGGAAAAUCAGAAGCAGAAGAAUCUUCCAUGCAGUCUCAUCUUUCUCCUGAAUGUAAGGAAAAUGACAGCAUUGCAAUGGAUUUUCUUGGAAUGUGUAACGUCAAGGUUCAGAUUCUGGACCAUCAGGAAAAAAAGGUAAAUAUCGUUGGUGGAAGCUCUCCUUGCCCUGUCAUUGAAGUUCCACAUAACGCCAGUGGCAUUUCUACAAUGAAGCCUAUUGAUGACAACGAUAAUUUGCAGAAUUAUUUUUCUGAGAAUAGUGGAAUUGAUGAGUUAGGCUGUCGAGAAUCCAAACAGAGCCAGAUGGUGGAUUCUGUUAUGAGUGGUGGAAGAUUGGGGGUUUCCUAUGGUGGUGCUGUUUGGGACAUCUUUCGCAGGCAGGAUGUACCUAAAUUAAUUGAGUACUUGCGGAAACACAAAAAUGAAUUUCGCCACUUUGAUGAACAACCAGUGGAUUCUGUUAUUCAUCCGAUUCAUGACCAGACUCUAUUUUUGAACGAGAAGCAUAAAAAACAACUGAAGGAGGAGUUUGAGGUAGAGCCAUGGACAUUCGAACAACACCUUGGGGAGGCAGUCUUUAUUCCGGCAGGAUGUCCUCAUCAAGUGAGGAACAGACAGUCUUGCAUAAAGGUGGCACUCGACUUUGUGUCACCUGAGAAUGUUGAAGAGUGUAUAAGAUUAACACAAGAGUUCCGUGUUCUUCCGCAAACCCAUAGGGCCAAGGAAGACAAAUUGGAGGUCAAGAAGAUGACUCUUUAUGCUGUAAGUUCAGCAGUGAAAGAGGCUGAAAAGCAGAUGCCACCUCUAGAUUCCCAUGGGGGAAAAAUCGAGGAUAUUUAAUGCAGAUUCCUUUAGGGAGAUACCAUAGAUCAUAGAAGAUUUCACCUGAUAACGUGGGACACUAUUAAACUUCCUAAAUACAAUAGAGGUUUGGGAAUUCUCUCUAUGGCUGCUUUAAAUAAAGCCUUGAUGAGAAAGUGGGUGUGGAAGUUCUGUACUGAUAAAGACCAAUUGUGGAGGCAAGUUAUUGCCAUCAGAUAUGGCCUUUCUAGUAGGGGUUGGAUCACUAAUAUGCCAAGAGGCUCUCAUGGCACUAGGCUCUGGAAGAACAUUAUGAAGGUUUGGUCUGACUAGUUUGCUCUCACAUAUUUCAAAGCCGGAAAUGGGGAUUCUAUUGGCUUCUGGGAGGAUAGAUGGAUUGCGAACUUUUCCUUAAAAUGGUUCUUCCCUGACAUUUACAACUUGACAACCAACAAGGAAUCAGCCCUCAAGGGAGUCGAUCAUCUUAUCUAACUCUGAUUCUAGUUGGGAUAUCUAUUUUAUCAAGAAUGUUCAAGAAAGUGGAGGCAAUGCUAAACUUCUUGGGACUUGGUUUACAACUUUAGAGUUAAUAUCAGGGUGGAAGACCAAAUGUGCUGGCAGCUUGCUAAAGCCAAAUGCUUCACUUCGAUCAAACCGCAAGAAAGACUGAGAAGGUGGUGGUGGAGUCGAAACAAGAAAAGACUGUAGGCUACUUAGUACAAAACCAUGGUAAUUUCUGGUGUUGAAUAAUGGGCUCUGCCUUGUUGUAUUUAUGUUAUUAAAAAAAAGAGACUAUUGAAAAGCAAUAAAAUUAUUAUAUCCAGAUGGGUUAUGGCCUUGUGGUUUUGGUUGUAUAACCAAACUGAUAGAAUGUAAAGAAAUUUCUCGAGGAUCAUAAUGAAAUUCCCAGACUUCUUGAUUUUCA